CUAGAUUAUGCGCCCUUAUAAUUAACAUAUUAAUUUGAGAAAAAUUCCUCAUAUAGACCUAAAAGAAGCAAUUGAAAACGACACAUGAGUACUACGAGCCAAUCAGAAUUCGACAAACAUUUCCUCUGAAACCACCAUGGUUUUCGAUCAAACCACCUUCCUUUUUCUCUUAUAAACAUACACCACCAAAAUAGAAUAAACAACUGCUAUCCAAACACCAUUCCUCUUUCGUUCUGCUGCUCAAUUUCAUGGAUCCUUUCCUUUUUUGGUUCGUUUGAUGACACAAUCAAGGGAUUUGAAUUCAACUCUUUGCUUUUUCUCAACGAACAACAGUAAGUAGAAGAAGAAAGAAGGGAAAUCAAAAAUGGGGAGAGGGAGAGUGCAAUUGAAGCGGAUCGAGAACAAAAUAAGCAGACAAGUCACGUUCUCGAAGCGAAGAACAGGAUUACUGAAGAAAGCGCAUGAGAUCUCUGUUCUCUGUGAUGCUCAUGUUGCUCUCAUCGUUUUCUCUUCCAGAGGGAAAUUGUUUGAGUACUCUACUCACUCCAGCAUGGAAGCAAUUCUUGAACGAUAUGAAAGAUGCUCAUAUGCAGAGAAGCUUCUCACUACUACACCUGGAAACGAAACCCCAGGAAGCUGGACUCUUGAAUCCUCAAAGCUUAUGGCAAAAAUAGAAGUCCUAGAAAAAAAUAUGAGGCACUAUGCUGGGGAAGGUUUAGAGUCCUUAAACCUUAAAGAGCUUCACAGUGUAGAGCAACAGAUUGAUACUGCUCUCAAGCGAAUUCGAACCAAGAAGAACCAACUGAUGCACGAGUCCAUCUCCCAACUUCACAAAAAGGAGAAGGCACUACAAGACCAAAGGAAUACACUCUACAAGAAGUUGAACGAGAAAGAGGCGAACACCGAUCUACAACCGCCUCACAUCCAGGCUCCGGAUCCGGUUCAUCACUCUCUUCCUAUCGGCGUGGAUCCAUUCCUGGAAACUGAUGUAAGGGAGGAGGGAUACGGCGGAGAUCACCGUAUCUCUGCCACAUCGCUGCCGCCAUGGAUGCUUCAGCAUGUUCAUCAGUAAGAUUAAUUAUCUGAUCAAUGGAACUUUUAUUUGUUUAUAAAAAUGAAUUACAUGAGUUUGCAUAUUUAUCCAACUGAAUCGUUGCAUGUGGAGACAGAUGUAAUAUGUGGGGGUGGGUGUUUAUUAUCGAUGAUGUUACAAGUAACUUUAUGUUUGAUCAUUAUCGAUUUCAAAUGUACAAUAAUUUAAAUGAAAUACAACAAACAAUAUCAACCAAUCUGAAAAUUUGAAAUAAA